CUGAGAUUCACAACGACAUGGGAGGCCCACGGACUCCAACCAAGUGAGGAGACACUGGGAAAUGAGGCGCGGAGAUCAGCUCCAUACCUUUGCGGUCUGACGUCUUCCACCAAUGGGCUGAGGCCGUGGGCGGGGCCAGGAUGAGUGCGGACCUGCUGUUGGAGGAGCUGCUAAUCAAGCGUUCGCAGCAGAAGAAGAGGACGUCGCCGCUGAACUACAAGGAGAGGCUGUUCGUCCUCACCAAGAGCCGGCUGACAUACUACGAUGGAAGAGCUGAGAAGAAGUUCAAGAGGGGCUCCAUUGAAGUGAGUCGCAUCAGAUGUGUGGAGAUUGUCAAGAAUGGAGGAGGGGUCAUCCCCUGCCAGAACAAAUACCCCUUUCAGGUGGUGUACGAUACCAACACCCUCUAUGUAUUUGCUCCAAGUCAUGAAAGCAGAAGUCGAUGGGUCCAGGGCCUCAAAGAUGAGAUCAAAGACAACCCGGAGGUCUUGGUGAAGUUUCACCCUCAGUUCUGGCAGGAUGGGUUGUGGCUCUGCUGCCGCCAGGCAGAAAAACAAGCAAUGGGGUGUGAGCAGUACAACCCGUUAGAAGACAUUUCCAGAAAACCUCUACCCCCGAUUCCUGGAGAGAAGUGUAAAAAAGAGAGGCGUCGGAAUCCUCCUCCUGCCCCUCCGACCCCCGAGGAUGAUGAGGAAGACGAUGAGGAGGCUGAAGAAGAGGAGGUGGUCGUGGCUAUGUACGACUUCCCCGGCAUGGAGCCUCAUGAUCUGAGUCUGGUGAAAGGGGAAGAGUAUGUCAUCGUGGAUAAGUGUGAUGUCAACUGGUACAGGGCACGCAACAAGUAUAAUGAGGAAGGAUACAUUCCAAGUAACUAUGUAACCGAGAAAAAAUCCGGAAACUUGGUCCAAUAUGUCUGGUACAAUAAAAAUGUCAACAGGAAUAAAGCUGAGGAGCUGCUGAGGAAGGAGGAUAAAGAAGGAGCCUUCAUUAUUAGAAACUCCAGCACCCCAGGAACCUACACUGUUUCGCUCUACACCAAGUCUUCAGGGGAUGGAGGUGCAGCUAUUAAACAUUACCACAUCAAGGAGACACAAACCCUACCAAAACACUUCUACCUGGCUGAGAAACACCUCUUCAGCUCCAUCCCGGACCUGAUCGAAUACCACAAACAUAAUGCAGCAGGUCUUGUAGCCAGGUUGAGAUAUCCUGUUGGAAAACAAGACAAAUCAGCUCCAUCCACUGCUGGCUUCAGCUAUGAAAAGUGGGAGAUUGACCCCAACGAACUAACCUUCAUGAAGGAGCUGGGCUGCGGUCAGUUUGGAGUAGUGAGGCUCGGCAAGUGGAGAGCUCAACACAAAGUGGCCAUCAAGGCGUUAAAGGAGGGAGCCAUGUAUGAGGAAGACUUCAUUGAAGAGGCCAAGGUUAUGAUGAAACUGUCCCACCCCAAACUGGUACAGUUGUAUGGGGUGUGCAGCCAGCAGCGGCCAAUCUACAUUGUCACGGAGUUCAUGGAACAGGGCUGCCUGUUGAACUACCUCAGGCAGCGGCGGGGCAGCUUUAACCAGGGGUGCUUGCUGAGUAUCUGUUUGGAUGUCUGCGAGGGCAUGGCACACCUGGAAGCCAACGGCUUCAUCCACAGAGACUUGGCAGCCAGAAACUGUCUGGUAAACGACUCUCUAGUGGUGAAAGUGUCUGACUUUGGCAUGACCAGAUACGUGUUAGAUGAUCAGUACACCAGCUCAUCGGGCGCCAAGUUUCCUGUGAAGUGGUCACCUCCUGAAGUCUUUAACUUUUGCAAAUACAGCAGCAAGUCGGACGUCUGGUCAUACGGUGUGUUGAUGUGGGAGGUCUUCACAGAGGGUCGCAUGCCAUUUGAGCAAAGCCCCAACCAUGAGGUGGUGACAUUAGUUACACAGGGUCAUCGCCUGUACAGGCCCAAAAUGGCCAAGCCUGCCAUCUAUGACACCAUGCAGAUGUGUUGGUAUGAGAGGCCAGAGGAUCGUCCCUCAUUCGCCAAUCUUUGCGUAAUGAUCUCUGAGGCUCUGGAGGACGACGAGGCAACUCCGAACUGACCAAUCAGCUGCUCACACCCUCCAUGGGUGCCAUUCAGGAGCCAUAUCUAAAAUGCAAUGCAGUGGUGCUUAUUGUGAUUGGAAUGGACCGAUGAACUAAAUGUGGAGGAAGGACCAGUCGCACCAGUUCUAAAUUCAUUCUCCGUUAACUAAAUCACAUCAGCUCGCAGCCAUGAACACCUGCACCAGCAGUACUAAAGACAAAAGUUCACAACACAUGUUGGCAGUAUUUCAAGAUGACUCACAGGGAUGAACUGACAGCAACAAUGAAGACGCAUAACGACAGGCUCUGCAUGUACGAUGCAUUAUCUGCUGACAUGUUUCCUCCCACUCAGACACGAACAGGAAGCCGUUUGGUCAGAGACUUGUCAGCAAGAAAAAGCCACAGAAAGUUUUUUUUUGUCAAGCUCAAGUUUCCAUUAACUUUAUACUCAUUUGUGUUGCUCUGACAUCCAUCAGGUCUACAGCAACCCAUCUCGUGUUAAUGUUGGGUUUGUUCUGAUCCAUGCUAA